AUCUCAAUUCCCUUGGCCCAUUCAUCACGACAGCCCAGACCGCGGUAAUGGCGCCGGCGUACAGCGCUUGAUCGUUCCUCCGGUUCUUGGCUGAGCGAACACAUCACCAGGCCGUAGCAAUGAUGCAAGUGAGUGUAGAGGCGCUGUGGAAUUGAGGGGAAAUGACCGUACUUGCCGAAGAUGCACCUGAGAUGUAGCUCAUACCUGGAUAUCGAGGUUUACUACAUAUACAGAGAUGAGAACUCCCUCAUUGUCACCAAGUUCCGAUCUGUAUCACAUCAUUUCAUCUUCAUCCACCUCUUCCAGUAUCUAUCAACCCUAACUGUACAUUCAUCCCCAGUCAAUCACUAUCUCCCAUACCAUCACAAUGAAGUUCGCUAUCAUCCCCCUGGCUUUGGCUACUGCUGCCUCCGCCGCUCCCAUUGUCGAGGAGAUCAAGCACGCUGUCGGCUGGACCAAGAAGGGAGGCAAGGGCAGCUGGGGCUCUUCCGGCCCCUUUCACUUCACCUCGACUUACGACGUGAUCGCUACACCUGACCAGGUCGUCGAUAACAACAACACCUUCACUGGUGGACUGGCCGGAGCCAUCGGCUACUUCAACUAUGGCAUCAACUCCAAGGAGAAUGUCAUCUGCUACAACAUCACCCUGGUCAACUUCCAGGGCGAGUACCAGUCCCCUGCCCGCACGGCAACCCACAUCCACCAGGCAGAGAAGGGCAAGGCUGGCCCCCCUCGCAUCGCCUUCCCUAACCCGGUCGCCGUCGAGGGAUACCAAAACGUCCGCCGCAGCGUCGGCUGCUUGACCGGCCCCUUCGUCACCGGCGUCAACGCUACCGGUGUCGACACCGGCUCAGGCUUCAAGGUCAGCCAGAUUGAGGAGAACCCCGAGGGAUUCUUCACCGAUGUUCACUCAAGCCUUGCCGUACCUGGUGCUGUCCGCGGCCAGCUCGGCGACGACUACAAGAAGGACUGCCCCGAGGACAAGAACUAG